ACCUAAGGUGACCAGCGACUGCAAGGCACUCAGGCGACCAACGAGGAACUCAAGGGACAGCUCAGGCAACCAUCAAGGCUACUGCCGUUGCUUAGUGCUCACUGCUCAGUUCUCAGGUGCACUCAGACGACACUCAGGUGAUGAACAACAGCUAACAACAUCG